AUGAGUGGAAACAAAACAAGAGAAGAGUAUGUCAAGAAGUUCGCAAAGUACGGGAUCGAAGCAUCUGUCGAUGAGGUUUUUGGAACUGCUUACUUGGCCAGCUAUUAUUUUACCAAGAAUCCACCUAAUGGAAAGCUUUAUGUAAUGGGAAACAGUGGCAUUCAAGGGGAACUAGCCAAUGUGAAAGGACUCGAAAUAGUCACAGAGGAAACAGACUACUCACUCGAUAAAAUCGAUGUUGACGCUUGGAGUUCGGCGCGAUUGGACGAGAGAGUCGACGCCGUACUCGUCGGCUUUGAUCCCCAUUUCAAUUUCACAAAAGUACUCAAAGCGGCCAGUUACAUCAAGCAAGGGGCCAAGUUUAUCGUCACCAACGAAGAUGCUGAGCUGCCUUUGAGAAGGGAUGAUCUCUGUGUGCCAGGCGUAGGCUGCAUUGUGGCCGCAGUAAGGAAAGCAGUCCUGCCGAGAGAGCCUCAUCAAGUUUGUGGAUAA